GCUAGUUCGCCGCCGAGUCUACCCAUCGAUCUGUUUUCCCAAGGCGCGCAACUGAUACUGAUCGGAACAACAAUGGCGUUAGGCACUCCCAUCAGCAAACUGGGAGACGAUCUCCUUGAAGAAGUUCUCAUUCGCAGCUUCCCGAAUCCAAGAUCCGCCUGCCGCAGCAAACCUGUAUGCAAGCGGUGGAACACCCUCAUCUCUAACGCUCGCUUCAAUCGCCGUUUCGUUUCUCACCACCACCACGACGACAGGAACGGAGCAGAAUCACCACCACCUCGAAUUCUUCUCUCGAAGGACGACCCCCUGCCAUCGCUCCUGCGUUGCUUUCUCCCCGUACCCGACGGGCUUCGAUCCCACUUCAUAAUCUGGGAUUCCUUCAAAGACUUGCUUCUGUGCGGAUUUCAGAAGACGCGGGGCGAACUGGACAGGUUGUUCUUGAUUUGCAAUCCGUUCACGAAGCAAUGGGUCGCCCUUCCUUUAGCGCCCGGAGUUUCCGAACACAGGUCGUACGAAACGAAGGAGAUCAAAUUGGUCUGCGAAGAAGCUCGCAACAGUUUCGAUCUCGGUGAUGGCCAAGUGUUUGUGUACUCCGAUUUUCAUCGAUUCCGCGUCCUGUGCGGAUAUGCAACGGAGGAGGAAUAUUUCGAAACCCGGUCAGAGCUGCACGUGUUUUGUUCCGAGUCUCGAGAAUGGUCGAGGAUAAAGGGUGUGCAUCUUCGACCUAAGGCAACGUGUUUGGAUGGGAAGUUGUAUUGGGUGCAGCAUGGUAGAGAAAUUUUGAGGUUCGAUCCUUUCAACCCAACUAUACAUCCAACCACUAUUCCUGAUAUGAAUUUCAGGACGACUUCAGUUUGUUCCCUUUUAUCGGCCUCGGAUGGUGCUCUUUACAUAUCUCGAUGCGAAAAGGAGUAUGGUGCGCUUGAUGAUUCGAGGUUCCCAUUGGAAGUUGUCAAAGUUUGGAGGUGGGAAGAAGGCAGCAUGACAUGGAACAUAUGCUAUGAAGUGGAUUUUAAGACGCUAAAAUGCAAUAGCGACAUUGAAGUAGCUGAGGGCUUUGGAAUGGCUUCUUUGCUUGCUCAACAUUCAGAACACCCGGAAAUUUUUUUCUUAGAAUAUUGUGGGUAUGCUCAAGAAGAGACUUUCAUUUUAUCGUGUAACUUGAAGACGAAAGAAUUAGAGUUCGUUCCUGAUCAGAUGCCACAUAUUUUUUGUGGUCGCUGGAUGGUGUUACAGCCUAGGAUUGCUUGCUUCUCUACACCAAUUCCUAGCUAUGAGAAACUGCUAGACAUGUGUGACAGAAACCUCAGUGAUUUGAUUUCCGAGUAAAAACUCAGUUUAGGAGUUGGUUUGGAGAAUAUAUUUUGGAGCAUUCAUUUAUAAAAUUCUAUUGAUUUGGAAAGAAUCAUAUUCUCUACUCCUUUUUUAUUUUAUUUUUGUAAUAUUAAUUUUAGUUUUAUAGAUUUCGAAUCUUUAGAUUUUUUUUUCCUGAGUGAUAUCAAUAGAGGAAAAUAGUUAAACUAGGGCUGGUAAUCGGUCGGUAUCCGGUGUACCGGAUACCGAUUAGCCGGUAUUUGGUAUACCGGAACCAGACAGUGUACCCACCGAAUACCGAUACCGAAUGUUAUCCGGUAUUAAUACCGGUAUACCGAAUACCGGUUAAUGCAUUGAGAUUAUGUUUUCGAGCCGGUAUACCGACUUAAUACCGAUACCAAGUGGGCUGAUUUGGGCUUUUUGUUCUUUUUAUUUUUCUGAAUGUUGUUUAAUUAAAUGAUGUAAAUAGU